CGCCGGGAGGGAGUAUAAAGGCGGCUGGGAGAGCGCGAGGGGCCGCAGAAGAGAAAGCGGGAAUGCCGGAAAGAGCUGCCAUGCCUCUGCAUUGCCUCCUGUUGCUGCUGGCCUGCUGGGGCGCAGCCUCCGUGGCCGCCCAACCCCCUGCCUGCAAGAUGAGGAUCACGGACAAGGGCCUGGCGCUGGUGAAGCAGGAGGGGCUGCGCUUCGUGGAGCAGGAGCUGGAGAACAUCUCGAUCCCCGACCUGCAGGGCAAGCACAGCAAGUUCCACUACAACAUCAGCAACGUGAAGGUGACUCACCUGCAGCUGAACUUUUCCGAGCUCCACUUCCAGCCCGAGCAGUUCCUGGCCUUCCGCAUCAACAACGGCUCCAUCGGGGUGAGAUUCCGGCGGCAGCUGCUCUACUGGUUCUUCUAUGAUGUCGGCUCCAUCCAGACAUGGGCCGAAGGGGUCAACAUCCACACCCUGCUGGAGCUCUCCAGGGACGAAGGGGGGCGCCUGAAGAUCACCAACAUGAGCUGCAGCGCCUCCAUCGCCCACAUGCACGCCGGCUUCAGCGGCACCCUCCGAAAGGUCUAUGAAUUCGUGGCCAGACUGAUCACCAGGGGAGUACGCUACCUGCUCAGUCAACAGAUCUGCCCGGCUCUCAACCAUGCGGCGCUGGUGCUGCUGAACUCCCUGCUGGACACGGUGCCCAUGCGCAAUCCUGUGGACGAAUACGUGGGCAACGACUACUCCCUACUCAGUGACCCCCACGUCACUGCGGAGAGCAUAGACCUGGAUUUCAAGGGCAUGUUCUUCCCUCUGCGAAGCGAGAACGAGACGCUGCCCAACGUGGCCCCGGAGCCCCUGCUGAUGGAGACGGAGCGCAUGGUGUACCUGGGCCUCUCGGAGUACUUCUUCGACUCCGCCCUCUUCUCCUACUACCGGGCGGGGGCCCUGAGCAUGGAGUUCGUGGGGGACAAGGUGCCCAAAGAUUUGGAAGUUUUGCUGAGAGCCUCUUUCUUCGGAACCCUCCUCCUGUUGGACCCCGAUGUGGUGGAGGCGCCCCUGACCUUAAAGCUGCAGGUGACCAAAGCUCCUCACUGCACCAUCCGGCCCUCCGGCACUUACGUCUUCGUCUCCGCCCUGCUCAACAUCUUCUUGGCCCCCCCAGACCAGCCCCUAAUUCUGCUUUCCAGCCUGAUUAUGCUCCUCCCACUGCAAGCCCCCCUGAAGAGUCUGCUGCAAAUGACCAUCAUGCCCUUCAUCAACGAGAGGACCAAGAGAGGGGUCCAGAUCCCCCUCCCCGAAGGCAUGGACUUCACCCAGGAGGCCGUCAGGAGCCACCAGGGCUACCUCACCAUCGGGGCCGACCUGCGUUUCACCAAAGGGCUGCGAGAGGUCAUCGAGAAGCUCCAGGCGACCCCGGGCCAUUCUCUGGCCUCCACCGCUGCCUAGGGGCCCUGGAUCUCAUCCCCUACCUGCUCCCAACUUUACCUGCCUGCCCCAGUCAGGAGGAGCCCUCUGCCCGGCCGGACGUCAGGGUCCCCGUGAGGCUCUGGGACGGCUGAAUAAAGAGCUACGCU